CUAAAGAAGAAGAAACCAGUUCCGCUGUGUAUGUCUAUGGUGUCCAUGGACCUAUGUGUCACAUGUCACUCCUGUGGAUUUCAAACUUUCUUACAGCAGCAUUCAAGGUUUAUUUGGUCCGGUUGUACUUUUUACUAAUGAGGAUUCAGCUCUUCAAUAGACGAUCUUUGACAUUUGCAGCGGCCUGUCACUUCCGUCCAGCAUCAUGUUAACUCACUGUGUCAGAAGCGUCCUAUCACAGCAUGCAUCCAUAUUACACAUGAGGCCCUGCAGUCUAACACUGGCUCUGCUACACACCAGAGGACCAGAGGAUCUGAACCAGGGCGAGAGUCUGCUGCAGCUCUUUGUGGACAGGUACUACAUUUCUCCCGGUCAGACUAACAUGCAGCUGUUUCAGCGCGGGAUGAGCUGCAGCUACGGACCUCUGGGUGCGCAGCUCAGGAGGAACAUGCUGGAGCAGUGGUGGCACUCUGUGAGCAGGUCCGGGGCUCAGGUGUUUGGGAUCAGUUCUCUGAGCUGCAGCCAGAACAGAGAGCAGGAUGGAUGUGGGCAGCUGAGGAUCACUGACUCUGAAAACUUCAAACAAACAGUCGAUCACAACGAGCUGAGCAAGGAGCAGCUCAUCCAGGAGGUGCGCGCGCUCCUUCAGAGGUCCCCAUCUGUGAGAACAAACUUUCUUCAAGGCGCUUUGGAGCAGUUUGUCCCCUCGUUGGAGUUGGUGAGCAGGAAGUUGCCUUUCGGCCUCGCUGAGAGCGGUCUGUGUUUCCAGCCCUCAGAUGGCUCCGGUUGCCCGGCUGAGGUCACCCAGACAUCUCUGGUGUGGUUCUGCUCUCCUCGGACCUCCUCCCAGUGGCUGGAUCACUGGGCACAGCAGCGGCUCAAGUGGUGGAGGAAAUUUGCCCUGUCUCCAUCGGACUUCAGCAGCAGUGACGUCCCAGAGGAGGAAGUCGAUCGGGCAGCGUCUCGUGGCGUGAGGAUCAUCUACAACUUCCCGUGGGGUCAGGAGCCCCUGGAGACGCUGUGGAGCCGAGGAGACGCCGAGCUGCUGCGGAUGCACCACGGAGUCCGCUCAAAACUACAGUGUCGAGACGGGCACAAGUCAGUCCCUCACGUCGUGUCGGUGACCGGGAACAUGGACCGAGGUCUGAUGGCCUUUCUGUCCAACUCAUUCCAGCAGAUCAAGAGAGAAGACACCAAGCAGAGGCUGCAGCAGAGAAAGGUUCUGAAGUUGCAUCCAGUGUUGACUCCAGUCAAAGUGGCUUUAGAUAUCGGCAGAAGACCCACCAUGGAAUUGAGGCAGGUUUGUGAAGGCCUCCUGCAGGAGUUUAUGGAGGCUAAAAUCUCUGCAUGGCCCGGAUAUCUGGAAACUAUGCCAACAGCGAUGGAGAAGCUGAAUGCAAAGUAUGACGAGAUGGGAGUGCUUUUCACCGUGGUGAUCGGCGACAACACGAUGGAGAGCGGCCUCGUUCAGGUCCGCAGCAGAGACACCACCAUCAAAGAGACCAUGCACAUCUCUGAGAUCAAGAACUUUAUCUCCAGAUACAUUUCUGCUGCAGACAAUAUCUGAAAUGACUUUUUGUUUGGCCGACUAAAAGGACAGUCUAAGUGUCAAUGUGCUGCCUCAGUUCUGUGUCUCCUUUGGGAACAAAACCAUCGCACAUCUACAGGUUGAGGGCUUGCGAGAAAUAUUUCUGCUUUAAGAGAGAAUUUUAUGAAAAUUAACAUUUCCCCGAACGGUUGAAUAGUUUGACUCACUGUGACGCAAAGAGGAAAUGUGGAUGUUUUAUCCAGUGAGAUAUGUUUGGCUGAUAGAGGCCGUUCUGUAUGUAAGGGCAAAGAGAAGAUACCAAACAUACCAAAGUACCCCCCAGCUCUUACUGGCUGUGACUUCAGGACUGUCACUCAUCCUACAGGCUCAUGUACGUAUAUUCCAGGUAAAGAGGUGGAUCAUUUAUGUUCUAACUGCGUGUGAUCGGGUCAUGUUACUGUCUCCACUUAAACAAAGUGGUAUCACAUGUGAGGAGGAUUGCUAUAAAUGUUAAGUGUGUUAAAUCCUGUCUCACUUUUUAUUAAAAUAUACAGUUUGUCUAUUUGAUAUUUCAGUUUUUUUGUUGUGGUCCAUGCUAACUGUUCUGUUAUGAAACUAGACUUUAUGUUUCACAUCCCUCGUUUACUUCCUGCACUUGUCACUUUCAUAUAUGAAAUAAAACUGGACUUAAAAUCGUG